UCUCUCUCUAUCAAUUGCACUUCCACCUCAUAACUAAUUAUUAUUAUUAAACAACACAUUCCUUAGAUAGUUAAGGACGAACUUAGUUAAGCAUUGAUGGCGAAUCAAUCAAACAUUCUCACGACAUCUUGGCUCCUGCAUUUCCUCCUAGGCCUUUCACUUCUCUUCGCUCGCACUGGCGCCGAUGUUCACUACCACAACUUCGUCGUCCAAGAAACGCCGGUGAAGAGGCUGUGCAAGACACACAAGGUCAUCACGGUGAACGGGCAACUCCCUGGUCCGACCAUCGAAGUUCGGGAGGGCGACACUCUCGAGAUCGACGUCGUGAAUCGCGCCAGAUACAAUGUCACCAUCCACUGGCAUGGAGUGAGGCAAUGGAGGACGGCGUGGGCCGACGGGCCGGAGUUCGUGACGCAGUGUCCGAUCAGGCCGGGGGGGAGCUACAAGUACCGGUUUACGAUCGAGGGACAGGUGGGCACGCUGUGGUGGCACGCGCACAGCUCGUGGCUCAGGGCCACUGUUUAUGGAGCCCUCAUCAUCCACCCUAAGGAGAACUCUUCCUAUCCAUUCACCAACCCACAAAGAGAAGUUCCUAUCCUUCUUGGAGAGUGGUGGAAUGCCAAUCCGAUCAAGGUCGUGCGAGCGGCGACACGAACCGGAGCGGCUCCGAACAUCUCCGAUGCCCUCACUAUCAAUGGACAGCCCGGCGAUUUCUUCAACUGCUCCAGCGAAGACACAACCACAAUUCCAGUAAAGGCCGGUGAGACGAACCUCCUGCGGUUCAUCAACGCGGCCCUAAACACCGAGAUGUUCGUUGCGAUUGCCAACCACAAGAUGACGGUCGUCGGUGUUGAUGCCUCCUACACGAAGCCCUUUACCACCUCCGUCCUCCUCCUGGGGCCGGGCCAGACCACCGACGUCCUCGUCACCACGGACCAGCCAGCUGCAAGUUACUACAUAGCGGCCCGCGCCUAUGCUAGUACUCAGGGCGCCCCCUUUGACAACACCACCACCACCGCCAUCCUCGAAUAUGACUGCGGCUGCUCUUCACCACCCGGACAAGCCGCUCAGCCAUUUCUCCCUACCCUCCCGGCCUAUAACGAUACUGGUGCUGUCACUGCCUUUACUACCGGCCUUAGAAGCUUAUCAGCUGUGAAAAUCCCUGAGCCUGUUGACGAGAACCUCUUCUUCACCGUUGGCCUUGGCCUGUUCGAUUGCCCAAAAGGGAAAAGAUGUGGUGGACCAAAUGGGACUCGUUUCGGGGCCAGCAUGAACAAUAUCUCCUUCGUCUUGCCAUCCAGCUUUUCACUCCUCCAAGCACACCAGCAAGGUAUUUCAGGCGUGUUCACCACCGACUUCCCAGCCGUCCCACCGGUGCAGUUCGAUUACACCGCAAAAAACAUCAGCCGUGCUCUGUGGCAGCCUAUCGCAGCGACAAAGUUGUAUAAGUUGAAGUUUGGGUCCGUGGUUCAGGUGGUAUUGCAAGGAACUAACAUCUUUGGUGCGGAGCAUCAUCCCAUCCACAUCCAUGGCUACGAUUUCUAUAUUCUGGCAGAGGGCUUUGGGAACUUCAAUGCUAAGAAGGACACAGCCAAGUUCAACCUUGUGGACCCGCCGAGAAGGAACACAGUUGGGGUGCCGGUCAAUGGCUGGGCCGUGAUCCGGUUCGUUGCAAACAACCCCGGGGUCUGGCUCGUGCACUGCCAUUUGGAAGUGCAUAUCACCUGGGGUUUAGCCAUGGCCUUCCUGGUGGAGAAUGGACUUGGAGAGUUGCAGUCUCUGGAGCCGCCUCCGGCUGACCUUCCCGUGUGCUGAUUGAUACAUCAGAAGAAAAGAUAGAUUAUAGUAAAUUUAAGUCACAGAUUGAGUCAAUUAUUGCUCAUUUGCAUUUUGAUUAUUUUUCACAUCAGAGGUUUUAGAGAGGAUAUUGGAUUUGUCAUAUCUUUCAUUUA